AUGGAGGCCACCGGUGAAUUUAACUUUGGGGACUUUCAGUCCUUUUCCAAUGAAAUGUUUUGGGCUGAGGAGCCCUCGCAGCAGCAGCAGCAGCAACAGGUCCAUUCCGAAGACCUGAUUCAGCAAUUGUUUGGAGCGGCGCUUACCGAGCAUCAGGAGCAGCCCGAGCUGUCACAGCAGCCCCAGCAGCAGCAGGAGCAGCAGCAGCAGCAGCAGCCCCUUUCCGACAAUCUGCUUGAGGGCCUGUCUUGGGAGAGCCUUUCUCAGCAGCCCCUGUCCCAGGAGCUCCUGCAGCAGCUCGAUCCCAUGCUGUUCCUGUCCGGGGAGGAGCAACCCCAGCAGCCUGAGCUGCCCCAGCAGCCUGAGCUGCCCCAGCUUCCUGAAGUGCCCGAACAGCCCGGGAAUCAGCUCGAAGACCCGUUCGAAGGGCUGUUCGGGGAUGAGGGCCUAUUUGGAGACGAGGAGAGCCCAAGCCCUGAAGUGGGCAACGAGGCAGCCCAUGGGAAGGACGACUUCUAUAAGUCCCUUCCCUCCCCUCUUCCUACGCCCUCCUCUUUCUCUAUUACCCUCCCUACUCUUCCUUUCCUCCCUCCCUCCCUCCCUCUCCCUUCUCCUCUUAACGCCGGGGACAACGAGGGGCAGUUCAUUGACCCCCGGUUGGUGGAGAUGCCGGCUCCUGUGGCUGUUCCCGUAGCCGAUCACCCUCCUCAUGGAGUGGGUGAAUACACCCAGGGCGCCCAGGGCACCACGGACGCCAAGGACGACGACGUCAACAUGGCCGACAUCCCUCUGCCGUCCCCGGAGACUUCUUCUUCGCGUCGCGUAUCGGUGGAGGGUGCCGUGGACAGAGCACUUGCGCCCAACACGAAGGGCAACAGAGUGGCCAAGAAGGCCGGCAAGAAGGCUGCCGGGGGCCCCGUCCGCGCGGUCAAGGCCAAUUCCUGCGACGCGUGCCGCCGCAGCAAGACCAAGUGUGUGACCGCCGAAGGCGCCACAGACUGCGAGGCAUGCCUCAAGAAGCACCGUAAGUGCAACGUCUCCGGUGUCGACGGCCGCACCAACAAGACCAACCGGGACCUUCUCGACACCACAUCGGCCGCCGUCAACGAUUACCUCAGGCACGCCGCUCUCCUCUGCUCCGAGCUCGCAGAGCACCCCACCCAGAAGCCCAUGGCACAGGCGCUUCUGCAAACCAUGGGUGAUUUUAGACAGGUCCGCUCCGUCAUCUCAACAGUCACCGGGUGCCCCCAGAAGGCGUGGCCCUUCGCCGCGGGCCCCUUCCGCCCGCCAACUCUCGACGGGCCCGCCAAACUGACCUAUGUGCGCAACUGCCGCGGUCCCCAGCUUCGGCUAAUCGCCCAGAAUCAGGGCAAGAUUCUCGCUUCCUUGUUGAUAAUGAUCACUUUUGGCGAGGAUCCUCUGGUCUCGGCGGCAUCUGGCCUCGUUGAGCGCGUGAUGGGCCACAAUACGGCACUGGCCACUCUCGAGGGGUCUAUCCGAGAGCACUGCUCCUUACCUAACGAGCAUCCAAUUUACGAGCACAUGCGUCAGGGAAUCGAAAUGUGCUUCGAGGCGUAA